GUUUUCGUCGUUCGUCGGUGUCUUCGGUGCAGGUGCGAAUUUUGAAACGUUACCUGCAAUUAUACGUCGGUUUUUGUGAAAUGUUAUCUCAUACUCAAAAGUAGGUUCAAAAUGAACAAGAUUCGUGAGUUUGUCUUAUAGUUAUAACUGAUGAGAUACCUGUUUCCAUUUAAAGGUUUUCUUGUGGUACAAAAAUAUUCUGUAGCCUUCGCGUUUUUAUCUAGUACUAAUUUGCUAUUUACUAUCAAAAUAGGCUUUGUAAAAUUAUCGGAAAAAAGUAUUUUGCCAUAGCCAAAAAAUACAAUUUAUUGAUAUAAAAUAACGCAAGGGUUAAUUGGAAUGUUUUUGCCAAUCGGUUAGCGGUAACUUUUUGCGGUACCCCUGUUCCUUCCGAACAACACUAGUCUUGUUUUUUUUGUUGGUGAAAAUUUCACAGUUACGUGUGUAGUGAUGACUUGUGUGUUCUGAUCGUUGGAUAACGCUUAUCAGUGAAAAGUACACAUCAAUGGAAACGAAAUGCGAUAUGGAAUCGGGCGGAUCGGAUACCGCUAGCACGUCUUCUGUUACGUUCCAGAUCCACAACCUGGAAACAGUAGUGGAAGAGAGUGAAGAUGCGAACAAAGCAAUAUCUGACCUCAAUGUGGGACUACUCGUGGAAGACAGUACAAAAUCUGAGCUAUCGAAAUAUCUCGCCAGUUUGCUACAACGUUUCAUCCAACAGUACCAAAGUGAACUAGAAAUAAAUCAAUUCGAUUUGCUGCUGGUAACGAUAUAUUGCAUAUCGCUUGAGGCUGGAUUCAUACCCUGGAACCAUCAAAUCGAGGAUAAUGGGAAAGAUUUUCGGUCGCGUUAUCCUUCAUACGAUCGGCGUAUUGUUCGUCUCUUUUCGGCAAUAGUCCCGAAUAAUUUCUACAACCGAUCCAACCGCAGCUACCGAUUGAAUCUUUACCUACAAGGAUCUGAUGAACGAUGCGUUCUAGUAGGCAUCCGAAGUGGUGACUUUCUAUGCCUUACGUUUAGCGUUCCCCGCCGUACCGAUAUUUGCGGUAAAAGUGUUCUCCUUCCGGUCGCACGCUACGUUCCCCUGCUAAACUAUCAAAAGCUAAGUCUAUCAUGUCAGAAUUUAAAAGAACUUAGCCACAAGUUAAAGAACAACAUUUUUAUCCCGGUCCGCGAUGCACUCUGCGUUGAUGCAAACGUCACAAUGUAUCCCUCGCUGAACGGUCUGCCGGAUGAGGUUGUAGCGAUGCUGUUGGUAAAAUAUCUUGACAAGAAGGCCACCUUGCGACUGGCCGCUAGUUGCUCUAGGUUAAGAAUGCUUGCAAUGGCUUAUCGUGGGAAGUGGUUUGCUUAGUUGGUGUUCUUUUUUUAAACUUAGAAAUAAAAGGCGUUUGUACAAA